CACAAACACAUCGCUAAUAAACACGGUCUGGGCUGCAGGUCUACGUGCUACAGGUCUACGUGCUGCAGGUCUACGUGCUGCAGGUCUGCGUGCUGCAGGUCUGCGUGCUACAGGUCUGCGUGCUACAGGUCUACGUGCUGCAGGUCUACAUGCUGUAGGUCUACGUGCUACAGUUCUAUGUGCUGCAGGUCUGCGUGCUGCAGGUCUGCGUGCUGCAGGUCUACGUGCUGCAGGUCUACGUGCUGCAGGUCUACGCGCUACAGGUCUGCGCGCUACAGGUCUGCGCGCUACAGGUCUGCGUGCUGCAGGUCUACGUGCUGCAGGUCUACGUGCUGCCCCCGGUGCAGGUUUCUGUAAGACAACCUCAGUCUGGCUGCACGGUGAAACACAGAGACUUCAGGUCGUCAGGACUACAAAACAUUUAGAUUCUGAGCCGACUUGUUAACCUGAGGUUUGAUGGGAAACUUUUAAGAGACUAUAACCGCCUGAAUUUCUCUACAUGCCCCUGCUCUCUCCUGAUUGGCCGGCUCA